GCCGGCUCACCUGCGCGCGCGAGCUCGGGGAACGGCGGGAGGGGGCGGUGUCCCCUUCCCGCGACUGCUUUUAUUGUUUUCCUGACCUCAGCCCGGCGUCCGGCCGAGGAGGGCGGGGAGGCCAGUGGCGGUGGCGGUCGCCGACGAGCAACUCGGUGGCUAAAAAGUAGAGUCGCGCCCUCCUCCUUGACUCCCAGCGCCGGCCAGCUGUCCGGGGAUUCCCGGCGGGCGACGCCUGUCGGAGUGGCUCGGCUCCAGGGCUGUGCCCACGGGGACUCCACUGCCUUGGGCAGCGUUUUGUAAUAUUUCAACGCGCUCUCCCGGUAGGACUUGCCCUGAGUCGUAGAGUCACAGUGUUAGUGGUUUAGCUUCGCACCUUGAUGGUGCAGAUGACCCGUGCGGCAGUGGAAAGUGACUUGCCCAAGGUCACGCAGUGUAAUGUUCAAGCUCAGAAAUGCCUUAUGUGGAUCGUCAGAAUCGCAUUUGUGGUUUUCUAGACAUUGAAGAAAAUGAAAAUAGUGGGAAAUUUCUUCGAAGGUACUUCAUACUGGAUACCAGAGAAGAUAGUUUUGUGUGGUACAUGGAUAAUCCACAGAACCUCCCUUCUGGAUCAUCUCGUGUUGGAGCCAUUAAACUUACCUACAUUUCAAAGGUUAGCGAUGCAACUAAGCUAAGACCAAAGGCUGAGUUCUGUUUUGUUAUGAACGCAGGGAUGAGGAAAUAUUUUCUACAAGCUAAUGAUCAGCAAGACCUAGUAGAAUGGGUAAAUGUGUUGAACAAAGCUAUAAAAAUUACAGUGCCAAAGCAGUCAGACUCACAGCCUCAUUCUGAAAACCUGAGUCGCCAAGGAGAAUGCGGGAAGAAGCAGGUGUCGUACAGAACGGACAUCGUUGGCGGUGUCCCUAUCAUUACUCCCACUCAGAAAGAAGAAGUAAAUGACUGUGGUGACGGUAUUGACAGAAAUCAUCUGAAACGGUCGCAAAGCCAUCUUCCCUACUUUACCCCUAAGCCUCCUCCGGACAGCGCGGUUAUCAAAGCUGGCUAUUGUGUAAAGCAAGGGGCGGUGAUGAAAAACUGGAAGAGAAGAUAUUUUCAAUUGGAUGAAAACACAAUAGGCUACUUCAAAUCUGAACUGGAAAAGGAACCUCUUCGUGUGAUACCACUGAAAGAGGUUCAUAAAGUCCAGGAGUGUAAGCAGAGUGACAUAAUGAUGAGGGACAACCUCUUUGAAAUUGUAACAUCGUCUCGAACUUUCUAUGUGCAGGCUGAUAGCCCCGAGGAGAUGCACAGUUGGAUUAAAGCCGUCUCUGGUGCCAUCGUCGCGCAGCGGGGACCCGGCCGAUCAGCGUCUUCUGAGCAUUCCGCCUGUCCCGAGUCCAAACAUGCCUGCCGCCCCGGUGGGGCGGCAGCCGCCACCGCACAUUCCACAGCCUCUCGCAGCAACUCUUUGGCCUCAACCUUUGCCGUGGAGAAGCGAGGAUUUUACGAAUCUCUUGCCAAGGUCAAGCCAGGGAACUUCAAGGUCCAGACUGUCUCUCCAAGAGAACCAGCUUCCAAAGUGACUGAACAAGCUCUGUUAAAACCUCAAAGUGAAAAUGGCCCUCAGGAAAAAGGUGGCGACCCGGUGGACUUGGACGACGCCAGCCUCCCAGUCAGUGACGUGUGAGGCGGCGGCAGCGAGCCCGGCUGCCUCGCCGGCCCUCCGUGUCCUCCGGGAGGCCUCCAGCCAAAGAUGAUGAAGGGCAACGACCGGCUUCCACGCAUCUGUCACGCUGCCUCGCAGGUGCACUUGCUGUAAGCUGGUGAACCAGGGGUUGGGGGAGCGGCCAGACCAAACGUAGUCGGUCUCUUUUGGAAAAGAAAGAAAGAAAGGAAAGAAAUCUAAGUGUCUUAGUAUCAAUUGUCUGAAGUGUUGUGGGUUCUCAUUUGGGUGAUAAAAAUGUUUGUGUGAUUUUUUUCCCCUAAUUGAUUUGACAAUUUAAAUGUUUAUCAAUUUAAAACAUUAAAAGUGCUUAUUACCUUGUCGUUUUUUAAACGCGACAAUGACUCCUAUUAGAUGGUUGAUAUUUACACAUUCUUACUGGUUAAUAUUAUGGAAUGAAAUAUUACUGGUCUGAGACCCCUGAACCCAUGAUAUCUGUGGUGCUGUGACAUUUAUACUACCGUGGGACUGUUCUGACCUGAAACCAUUUGAUGCCCUGGAUCGCAGGGUGAGCGAGUGAGAAGUUUUGUGUAGAGGAUAUUAUUGGACUGUUGGUGAGGGUUGUGGGUGGUACUGAGGUGGGGAAAAGGGGGAAAUUAAGUUUUAAACAACUGGAUCUUGGACAUUUGUUUGAAAAAGGUUAAAUAUUUAAGACUUGCAGUAGUUACUACUUUGUUCAAUGAAAAUUAUUUGGUGUGAAAUUUCUGGGAGGUCUGAUUUCCUUAUGAAAGUUUUGUACAUAGUUCUUAUUUCCAUAUUUGGAUCAGCGAAAGACCUCAAGUUUGUAUGUAAAGGCACAAUUCUCUUCCUGAUAUGAUUGUGGCCUCCACUUUUUGUCACUAACACCCUCCCUGUAUUCAAGUGCCUGUGUUUGUCAUUCUGUUCACGUGCUCAGAUGUCCUGCAUGAGCGGUUUCAACACUGGGGCAAAGUUAAUUUUCAGUGGGGGAGUUUGAUGUGUUAGGGAAGGUCUCACUUGGUGUUGGAGUUACCAGGAUGCUGGUCUUUUACUGCCUGUGCACAUGUACGGUGUAAAACACAAAUUUGAGCGCCCAUCUAAUCACAGGGAGUCACAAAUACAAGCACCUCCCAAAACACCCUUAGUUUGAGAUGUCACGUAAUAGACCAGUUGGAGCAAUUUCUGUCGUCGUGGUGUGGUCUUACACGUUUGCUUUAAGAAAGUAAAGUGGUCUUGGGUUCCACAUGCUGCUAUUUUUAUGAAAUUGUACCAUUUUCCUGUUUUAUGUUGUUUUGGAUUCAUGCAUGUCACGUUUCUCCUUUUAUUUGCUAAGAUGAGUUCUCGUCUGAGAGAGAGAGAGGUUUCCCGCUACAGUGGGGGGCCUGGGUUACUCUCCACACCAGGGCUCGCCGGCGUCCGUUCAAACCCCGGUGCGCGAAGGGGCACCACGCAGCUCUUUCAUUCAUAAGCUAGUAUUUCUAAAAGUUGUAUUUAGAGUUUCCUUUUUUGCAGCUACAUUUGAAAAUGAUAGAAUGAAGAGAUUUUAAGUAAUCAUCACUUUUUAUCCAUUACGAUGGCUCCCAAAAGUCCCUCUUUCACGCACACACCUGAGAAGCCUUGUGUGGACAGUUCACGGCGUUCGGGAGCCUCCUGCUGUUCUCUCAGGCACAGCGUCCGCACUGCGUGCCGGCGUCUGCGGACUUCGGUGUUGGUGAUUUGAUAUGUUUCAUAGCGGCAAAAUACUGUCUCUAUUUUGGGACUUUUUAUGGAACUACCCUUGUAUUCAAUAGCAUAGGAAAAUAUUCUUGUGAUUUUGGGGUCUUCUGAUAUUUAUCUUAAUACUUUUGUAAGUCUAUGAAAAUUAUUUAAUUAUUUUAAAACAUAUACUUUUCUUGUAAAUAUGCCACAUCUGAAUUGUCAGAAAUUACUUUGGAUACCUUCAUGUUUGCUGCGUUUUUUUCCCUGUACAUACAACAUGUUUUCUUUCAGAAUGGAAAUACACGUGUGCUUCCCAUUGUUUACUUUUAUGCUCGUCAUCUUUACGUGUCCACCUGGUUGAACACUGUAAUGACUUGAGAAUAAACUGCUCAAAAUUAA